UCGCGCUCGCGCUCAGUCCUCACUGGCAUCUCUGCGCGCGCGGGGUGGAAAAAACAUAAAGCUCGUGUAGGGUUUUGUUGUUACGAGGCGACUGGAGAAACCAGCUGUAUGUUACCAGCUGAAGGAACACGAUAAAACUCGCUAAGUUUCGUCUGGGAAUUUGGGAAAAGUUCAAGCGAAGUGAUUUUUUUUUCAGUUACUUUUUUCCCCUCUAGUGUUUGAAACGAUUUGGUGGCCAAAAUGUCGCGAGACCCGGACGACGUGACCAAGCUCACUGAAAGCACUUAUAAGAGUGUGAUGGAUCAAUUCAACCCAGGACUGCGCAACCUUGUAAUCCUGGGGAAGAACUAUGAGAAAUCAGUAACAGCGAUGACGCUUGCUGGAAAGACGUAUUUUGAUGCCGUCUCGAAGAUUGGAGAGAAUGCUGCUGUGUCACCAGUCUCCAGAGAGCUGGGGGUGGUCCUGAUGGAGAUUUCUGAAAUGCACAAGAAGGUUCAGAUGGAGUUGGAGGAGUCUUUCAAAAGGUUCCAUAGAGAACUCAUUGCAGAACUGGAGAAGAAAACAGAUAUGGAUGUCAAAUACAUGACUGCCACAUUCAAAAGAUACCAGUCAGAACACAAAAUGAGGCAAGACUCGCUGGAUAAAUCACAGGCAGAUCUGAAGAAAUUGCGUCGAAAAAGCCAGGGAAAGCAUUCCAGCAAGUACAACCUUAGGCAAAAUGAGUAUCUGGAGACGAUUUCCUCGCAGCAGACAGACAUGCAGAAGUUCAUAGCAGAUGGCUGCAGGGAGGCCCUGGUGGAAGAGAAGAGGAGGUUCUGCUUCCUGGUGGACAAACACUGUACCUUCUCCUAUCAGAUGGCAGAGUUUCAUGACAAAGCGAAGGAGAUACUCUCUCUGAAGCUGCCCAGCUGGCAAAACAAGUGCAGUGAUGCCCUCCAGGUGCCAGACAAUAUAAUAUCCAUGAUCGAGGGCAUGCGCAACACACCCAAGUCUUCACCUCUCAUGGAGCAUUUUGACAGGAAUUCUGACUCCAUGGUUCCUCCACCAGCCCCGCCGCUGAAGGCUCAGACCAGUCCAUUGGCAAAUAUGUUCUCACAGGAGAUCCCCAUAAGCCCAGUGUCCCCAGAGCCUUACUCAGACCAAGACAGUCUGGAUGGCAGUAGCAUGUCCAGAUCCACAUCUGUGUCCAGUGGUAUGAACUUAAUAAAGAAGCCACGAGUGCAGACCAUUUUCCCACACACAGCUGGCAACAACGUGUCCCUGCUCAGCUUUGACGAUGGAGAAAUCAUCACUUUGCUGAUUCAGGAAGAGAAGGACGGUUGGCUCUAUGGGGAACUGGAGAAAAAUGGCCAGAGAGGCUGGUUUCCAUUGUCAUAUUGCCGACCUUACAGCGAGCCUGUAAUCACAAACCUCAUGAAUGUGGCAGAUCUCUCUAAGCAGUCUGAAGAGGAAGAGGAGGAGGAGGAGGAGGAAGAGCAGCCUGUGCUUCUGCCUCCCCCUGACUAUGGUGACUCAUCCAGGAAGCCCUCCACCCCCUCACCACAGAACACGGUGUCGUUGUCAAAUGGCACAUCGAAGCCUCCUUUCCUAGGAGGUGGGAAUCCCUUUGCCACAGUCAGGUUGCGGCCCACGGUUACAAACGACAGAUCAGCGCCAAUCAUCUAACGCCAUUCAGCAUGAGCCUCCAUGUCGAUUUGGGCCUCACUUUCUUUUUGGUUUUUCAUUUACAGCUGUUUGGGCUGCAGUUUUGAAAUUAAAAGGGCUUAAUCAUAAAUGCUUUUAAUGUUACAUUUUAAUUGCACAAGCCCAAGUUAACAUGUGAAAUUGCAUGGAUUUUAAUUAAUGAUCAAUUUGUUUUACAGUUACUAUAGGUUCAACUGAAUUCCUUUAUACAAAAGCCAAAAGUGUUUUCUUAUGUUCUAUCAAUAUAACACAUUGUUUGACCAUAUUGGUCUUUGUAGCUGUUAAACCGUGACAGUUCUUAGUGUAUCUGUCUAGCCUUAUGUUAGAAGCCACAGCUUGAUCAAGAUCAAGUUUAAAUAUGUAAACUGCAGAUAUCACAAUUUAUGUAGAAUGCUAGAUGAAUAUACAAUAUUCUGUAUGGUAUGCAGUAACAUCUGUUCUUGUUAACUUUGUGUUGUAUACAAAAAUACAAAUUUUUCUAAUGUUGAGUGUUUUCAUGUUUGGAACGAGGUAACUAUAAAAGCACAUUUAUGUAACACGGUGAUUUAUUUCUCCAAAUUUAGAAUAGAAUCCUGCCUGGUGUUGACUGUGUACCAGGGAAGAUAACAGCGUAGCUCAAUAUACAAUGUAAAAAAACGGGUUCUGUCAGUGAUGCCUAGUUAAACCGAUGUGUAUUCUUAUUUUUAAUUUAACAAAUGUCAUUUAUAAAGGGAAGUGUCUUAAUCAAUGUUGUUAGAUAUAUUUUAUUUACUCCUGUUUUAACAUAUAUAUAUAUAUAUAUAUAUGGGGUACCAUUUUAUUCUGUUUUAUCAUUGAUUGUUUGUGCUAUUUUCUGUCAAACAGCACUGGAAUAAAAGAUAUAGGUUUUCAUAUGA